CUGUGGUUAGUCGCGUGGGAGUGCGAUCACCUAGACAAUUUGCGCCUUCCGUUCACCAAAGCAUCUUCCCUUUGGUGAUACAGGCGCAGAUUUCGGCCUGUGACUCUGCCAUGCCGAACUUGCGGCCCAGGCCCCGCCGGGGCGCCGGACGGGUCGCCAGGGCAGCCGGGCGGGGCGCCGGGGCAGCCGGGCGGGACGAGCUGGUCUCGCGGUCCUUGCAGAGCGCAGAGCACUGCCUGGGCGCCCAGGACUUCGGCACCGCCUAUGCCCACUACCUCCUCGUGCUCAGCCUGGCGCCGGAGCUGAAAGACGAUGUGAAGGAAACUUUUCAGUAUACGCUCUUCAGAUGGGCUGAAGAACUUGAUGCACUCAGUCGAACACAAGACCUACUUGGUUGCUAUGAGCAAGCCUUGGAACUGUUUCCUCAUGAUGAAGUGAUUUGCAAUAGUAUGGGGGAGCAUCUCUUCAGAAUGGGCUUUAGAGAUGAAGCAGCCGGGUAUUUUCGUAAAGCAGUGAAGCUAAACCCGGAUUUCAGUGAUGCAAAGGAGAAUUUUUAUCGUGUUGCAAACUGGUUGGUGGAACGCUGGCACUUUAUCAUGCUUAAUGACACCAGAAGAAAUACGAUUUAUAAUGCAGCAAUCCAAAAGGCGGUUUGUUUGGGCUCCAAAAGUAUUUUGGACAUUGGAGCAGGAACUGGAAUACUAAGCAUGUUUGCUAAAAAAGCUGGAGCGCACUUGGUGUAUGCCUGUGAGUUAUCCAAGACCAUGUAUGAACUUGCCUGUGAUAUAGUGGCAGCAAACGAGAUGGAAGCAGGGAUCAAACUCUUACAUAUGAAGUCGCUUGACAUAGAAAUUCCAAAACACAUUCCUGAAAGAGUGUCCCUUGUUGUAACAGAAACUGUCGAUGCAGGUUUAUUUGGAGAAGGAAUUUUGGAGAGUUUGAUUCAUGCAUGGGAGCAUUUACUUUUGCAGCCAAAGACCAAAGGUGAAAAUGGUAAUUGUGAAAAAUAUGGGAAAGUUAUACCGGCAAGUGCUGUUAUAUUUGGGAUGGCAGUAGAAUGUGCAGAGAUAAGAAGACAUCAUAGAGUGGGUAUUAAGGACAUUGCUGGGAUCUGUUUGCCAACCAGUGUGAAAUUUCAGAGUCCAGCUUAUUCUUCUAUAGAUGCUGAAGAAACAAUUGAACCUUAUACAACUGAAAAGAUGAGUCGAGUUCCUGGAGGAUAUUUGGCUUUGACAGAGUGCUUUGAAAUUAUGACAGUAGAUUUCAACAAUCUUCAGGAAUUAAAAAGUCUUGCAACUAAAAAACCUGAUAAAAUUGGUAUCCCUGUUAUUAAAGAAGGCAUACUCGAUGCUAUUGUGGUUUGGUUUGUACUCCAGCUUGAUGAUGAACACAGUUUAUCCACAAGUCCUAGUGAGGAAACAUGCUGGGAACAGGCUGUCUACCCCGUACAUGACCUUGCAGACUACUGGAUAAAGCCUGGGGACCAGGUGAUGAUGGAAGUGUCUUGUCAAGAUUAUUACUUAAGAAUCCAGAGUAUCAGUGUCUUCAAUUCAGAACAUGAAAUGGAUGUUGGGAAAAGUUUUACCAAGAAUAAAGACUUGCUGCCUUUAGGAAAUGAGGCUGAACUCUGUAGUGCCCUGGCCAAUCUUCAGACCAGUAAACCAGAUGCUGUGGAGCAGACUUGUGUUUUGGAAUCCACAGAAGUUGCUUUGCUUAAUAACAUCCCAUACCAUGAAGGCUUUAAAAUGGCAAUGAAGAAAGUGUUGUCUUCACUGACUCUGGAGAAACUGGGUCAGGCCAUGGAUACUCAGUGUCAGAAUAACGAGAUGAGCUGUGAAAGUGGACAGAAUAAUUCUGAACAGAGCGUCCCUGAACCUUUGUAUGUGUUAGAUGUGUCUGAGGGCUUCUCUAUUCUGCCUAUAAUUGCUGGCACACUCGGGCAGGUUAAACCUUACAGUUCUGUGGAGAAAGACCAGCAUCGUAUGACUCUGGACCUCAUAUCUGAAGCCAAUCACUUUCCUAAAGAAACACUUGAGUUUUGGUUGAGACAUGUGGAAGAUGAAUCUGCUGUGUUGCAAAGGCCAAAAUCAGACAAGUUGUGGAGUAUAAUUAUACUGGAUGUCAUUGAGCCGUCUGGGCUCAUUCAGCAGGAAAUCAUGGAAAAAGCGGCAAUAUCCAGGUGUUUGCUACAGUCCGGAGGUAAGAUCUUUCCCCAGUAUGUGCUGAUGUUUGGGUUGCUCGUGGAAUCGCAGACACUGGUGGAGGAGAGCGCUGUGCAGGGAACAGAACGAACUCUUGGAUUUAAUAUAGCACCUUUUAUUAACCAGUUUCAGCUUAUUCUCUCCUGAUCCUGACAUCAGCAAUUCUUCGAUUCCAUCCGAAUCUAUGAUAUUUUAAUCCUGCCAUCUUUUCACCCUGCCUCCCAUCUCAUAUCCUCCUUUCCUUCACAGCUUAUGUUUCACGGUUGAUAUAUUUUUCACAUAUCGUGGAGCUAACAUUCAAAUUGACGAUAAAGAGACAAGAGAUGGACAAUAAACAAAGGAGUAGAAAGAUUAGUAUGAUAGAUGGUGAGAAGUGAGAAGGCUAGAGGAGAAUGGGAGUUGGAGGGAUGGGAUAUUCUGUUUAUUUAGGUAAUGCCUAAGGAAAGGACUCAAGGAUAAGUGAUAUUUAAGCAGAGACCAGAGAGAAAUAAGGAAGCAAACCAUAUACAAGUCAAAGGAUCAACAAGUGCAAAGACCUGAGGCAAGAGCAUAAUUGGAGUAUUCAGAAACAGCAGGAAACCAUGAGGGAGGUCGGAUGAAGGAUGCAGUGAGAAAAGUACUAGGAGCCAGAUCCUGUAGAGCCUCCUGUAGAGGUUGUGGUGAAGGUUUUGGCUUUUACUCUGAAAGGGGUGGAAAACAACUGGAGGGUAUUGACCAGAGGAGUGAUAAGGUGUGACUUGCUAUGGCUGCUGUAUUGGGAGUAGACCACCAUGGAGAGCCGGCAGAGGCAUAAGGUUAUUGCAGUAAUCCAGGAGAGAGGUGGUAGUGACUUAGAGUGGUAUUAGAGUGGUAGCAAUGGUUGUGGUGCAAAGUGGUCAGAUUGUUGAUGUAUCUUGAAGGUAGGUUUUGUGAUAGAUGGGACAUGGGGUAUGAGAAAGUGCCUGGAAGGAUAGUUGCCAUUUACUGAUAUGGGGAAAAUAACAGGAGGAUCAGGUUGUGCUUACAUUUUUAUGGGGUCAUUAAGCAGUUGGAUAAGAAUUCAGAGAAAUAGCUAGCCUGGAGAUGUAAAUUUGGCAGUCAGAUUUGGUAGAUGAUAUUUAAAGCCAGAAUAAUGGGAUGCAAUCACCUUGGGGAUGAGUAGAAAGAGAAGAGGGCUGAGAACUAAAUUCUAGAGAACUCACAAAGUUAUGAGCUCUACGUUGGAAAUCUAAGAAGGAAUUAGCAAAGAUGACAGGAGUGGCCAGUAGGCUAGGUUAAGAAACAAGUGAGGACAGAUUGUGAGGGACGGGUACAGCUGUGUGGGGAUUAGAGUGCAGGUGAUGGGAGGUGACACAGGAAUCUAGGGCUGUUCUUCUGGUGACUGAUACAAAUAGGGAUAUAGGGCAAGAGUCCUGGAAAUGGCAUGGAAUUGCUGUUUUUAUGGGGAGGAAAGGUUGGAUGCCUUCAAGGAUGUCCAGGGAGAGGUUGAUAUAUCUGUGUCCUUUCUCACCAUGAACGGUUGCUCUCUAAUACUUUAUUCAAAAGAAAGAGAACACUUUUUAAACAGUUUCCUUUCUAUUUCAAAUGAGAAGGCUAAAAGUUACUAGUAGGAAGUUUCCAUUGCUACUGAAAUUGAUGGAACAGUUUAUAGCAGUGGUUCUCAACCUUGACUGUACUCUCAGAACUACUGGUAUGUGGAUCCCAAGUCCAGAUGGAUCUGAGGUGUGGCCUGAGCAGUUGGACGUUUUAAAAGCUCCUUAGGUGAUUUUAAUUUGCAGUCAAAGUUGAGAACCACUGCCUUCUAGAUAAACAACCUAUUUUCAAAAUGAAAUCCACUGUUAGUUGUUUCGUUGAAUUUGGCAUUUUUGCUCAAACAGUUCAAUAAUUAAUGUUGUACAGUAAGUCCCCUACAUAUGAACCUUCAAGUUGCGAACUUACAAAGAUGCGAACACGCGUUCGCAUGUCCAGUCACGUUAGUUAGUUCGUGUGUCUGGCGUACGUUGUCACGUGCGUGCAUCCUCUACAAGUGGUUGUGCUUUUGUGUAC